ACUUCGCCCCCUGCGGCGGCAGGCGUCCUGCUGCUCGGCGCGUCCCCACCGCGCCGGAGAGUGGCCGAAAGAAAAGGGACGGGGCGGGGGCGGGGGCGGAGGAAGAGGGAGCGCGAGGCAGAGCCGAGAGUCCGGCAACAUCUGUUAAAACUUGGGGGAGGAGGAGCGCUAGGAGGAGGAGGAGGAGGAAGAGGAGGAGAGGAGUGAAGGAGGGAGCGCGAGGGAGGGAAGCGCACAGCCGAGGGACAACUUUUCCACCCGCGUUCCUGGUCGCCGGGAGCUGAAGUGAUGAGAAGACGCCAUGGAGGCUCAGUCCCACAGCUCCACGACCACCGAGAAGAAGAAAGUGGAGAAUUCCAUAGUGAAAUGCUCCGCUCGAACGGAGGUCAGCGAGAAAGCCGUGGCCUCCAGCACCACUUCCAAUGAGGAUGAAAGUCCUGGACAGACCUAUCACAGAGAGAGAAGAAACGCGGUCACUAUGCAGCCACAGAGUGUCCAGGGACUCGGCAAGAUCAGCGAGGAGCCUUCCACCUCCAGUGAUGAGAGGGCCUCUCUGAUCAAGAAGGAGACCCAUGGGUCCCUGCCACACCUGGCCGAGCCCUCCGUCCCCUACCGCGGGGCCGUGUUCGCCAUGGACCCCAGGAACGGCUACAUGGAGCCUCACUACCACCCUCCUCAUCUCUUUCCGGCAUUCCAUCCUCCCGUCCCCAUCGAUGCAAGACACCACGAGGGGCGAUAUCAUUACGAUCCGUCUCCGAUUCCUCCGUUGCAUGUGCCUUCUGCCUUAUCUAGUAGCCCCACGUAUUCAGACCUGCCCUUCAUCAGAAUCUCCCCGCAUCGGAACCCCGCGGCCGCCUCCGAGUCCCCCUUCAGCCCUCCGCAUCCCUACAUCAACCCCUACAUGGACUACAUCCGGUCUCUGCACAGCAGCCCGUCCCUGUCCAUGAUCUCAGCAGCCCGGGGGCUGAGCCCCACUGACGCCCCCCACCCCGGAGUCAGCCCAGCGGAAUACUAUCAUCAGAUGGCUCUGUUAGCCGGCCAGCGCAGCCCCUAUGCAGACAUCAUCCCCUCGGCUGCCACCGCCGGCGCAGGGGCCAUCCACAUGGAGUACCUUCAUGCCAUGGAUAGCACCAGGUUCCCCAGCCCCAGGCUGUCAGCCAGGCCGAGCCGGAAACGUACACUGUCCAUAUCACCGCUGUCCGAUCAUAGCUUUGACCUUCAGACCAUGAUCAGGACAUCUCCCAACUCCUUGGUCACGAUUCUCAAUAAUUCCCGCAGCAGCUCUUCAGCGAGUGGCUCUUAUGGUCACUUAUCUGCAAGUGCAAUCAGCCCCGCCCUGAGCUUCACCUACCCUUCUGCACCCGUCUCGCUCCACAUGCAUCAACAGAUCUUAAGCCGACAGCAGAGCCUGGGCUCGGCCUUUGGACACAGCCCUCCGCUCAUCCACCCUGCCCCAACUUUUCCGACCCAGAGGCCUAUUCCCGGGAUCCCUACGGUUCUGAACCCAGUCCAGGUCAGCUCCGGCCCUUCCGAGUCCUCACAGAACAAGCCCACGAGCGAGUCUGCGGUGAGCAGCACCGGCGACCUGGUGCACAGCAAGCGCUCCAAGAUCAAACCGGACGAAGAUCUCCCCAGCCCGGGGCCGCGGGGCCAGCAGGAACAGCCAGAAGGGACGACUCUGGUGAAGGAGGAAGGGGACAAAGAUGAAAGCAAGCAGGAGCCUGAAGUCAUCUACGAGACGAACUGCCACUGGGAAGGUUGCUCGCGGGAGUUCGACACCCAGGAGCAGCUGGUGCACCAUAUAAAUAACGACCAUAUCCAUGGCGAGAAGAAGGAGUUCGUGUGCCGGUGGCUGGAUUGCUCAAGAGAGCAGAAGCCCUUCAAAGCCCAGUACAUGCUGGUGGUGCACAUGAGGAGACACACGGGAGAGAAACCUCACAAAUGCACUUUUGAAGGUUGCACAAAGGCCUACUCGAGACUCGAAAACUUGAAAACACACUUGAGAUCUCACACUGGAGAGAAACCGUAUGUCUGUGAGCACGAAGGCUGUAACAAGGCUUUCUCCAACGCCUCUGACCGUGCCAAGCACCAGAACAGAACACACUCCAAUGAGAAACCGUACGUGUGCAAGAUCCCCGGCUGCACCAAGCGCUACACCGACCCCAGCUCCCUCCGGAAACACGUGAAGACCGUGCACGGCCCAGAGGCUCACGUCACCAAGAAGCAGCGUGGGGACGUGCACCCCCGGCCCCCGCCCCCGCGGGACUCCGGGGGCCACUCACAGUCCCGGUCACCCGGCCGGCAGACUCAGGGAGCCCUCGGGGAGCAGAAGGACCUCAGCAACACUACCUCAAAGCGGGAAGAACGCCUCCAAGCGAAAACCGUCAAGGCGGAGAAGCCUAUGACAUCUCAGCCAAGCCCUGGUGGUCAGUCUUCAUGCAGCAGCCAACAGUCCCCCAUCAGCAACUAUUCCAACAGUGGGCUCGAGCUUCCUCUGACCGAUGGAGGUGGUGUGGGCGACCUCAGUGCCAUCGAUGAAACCCCAGUCAUGGACUCGACCAUUUCCACUGCAACCACAGCCCUCGCUUUGCAAGUCCGGAGGAACCCGGCAGGGACCAAAUGGAUGGAGCACGUCAAACUAGAAAGGCUCAAACAAGUGAACGGAAUGCUUCCGCGACUGAACCCCAUUCUACCCCCCAAAGCCCCUGCGAUCUCUCCUCUCAUAGGAAACGGCACGCAGCCGGGUACCAGCUGCAGUUUGGGCGGGCCCACGCCCCUUCUCCCCAGCAGAAGCGACCUCUCCGGCGUGGACAUCACCAUGCUGAACAUGCUCAACCGGAGGGACAGCUCCACCAGCACCAUCAGCUCCGCCUACCUGAGCAGCCGCCGCUCCUCCGGCAUCUCCCCCUGCUUCUCCAGCCGCCGCUCCAGCGAGGCGUCCCAGGCCGAGGGGCGGCCCCAGAACGUGAGUGUGGCCGACUCGUACGACCCCAUCUCCACCGACGCCUCGCGCCGCUCCAGCGAGGCCAGCCAGGGCGACGGCCUGCCCAGCCUGCUCAGCCUCACGCCCGCCCAGCAGUACCGCCUGAAGGCCAAGUACGCCGCCGCCACGGGCGGCCCGCCGCCCACCCCGCUGCCCAACAUGGAGAGGAUGAGCCUCAAGACCCGCAUGGCCCUGCUGGGCGACGGCAGGGAGCCCGCGGGGACGCUGCCGCCCGUGCACCCGCCCCGGAGAUGCAGCGACGGCGGGGCGCACGGUCACGGUUACGGCCGGCGGCCCCUGCUGCCCCAGGACGCGCCGGGCAACGGCCUGAGAAGGGCCAGCGACCCGGUGCGGACGGCCUCCGAGAGCCUCUCCCUGCCCCGGGUGCAGCGGUUCAGCAGCCUUAACAGCUUCAACCCUCCGGCCUUGCCUCCGUCCCUGGAAAAGCGGAACCUCGUGCUGCAGAACUACACCCGGCCCGAGGGGGGCCCGGCCCGCCACUUCCACUCGUCGCCCUGUCCCCCGAGCAUUACUGAGAACGUCACCCUGGAGUCCCUGACCAUGGACCCCGACGUGAGCCUGCCCGAUGAGGACCUGCUGCCCGAUGACGUGGUGCAGUAUUUGAAUUCCCAGCACCAGGCGGGGUACGAGCACCCCUUCCCGAGUGCCGUCUCCGAUGACAGCAAAGUGCCCCACGGGCUCGGCCUGGGGACCGGGCCCGGCGACUUUGACCCGCUCGGGCUGCCCGCCGGCCACGCCAGCCAGCAGUACCGCGGGCUGGAGCCGCCCUGCCCUGAUGCCAGCAAGUCCGACCUGCCCAUUCAGUGGAACGAAGUCAGCUCGGGCAGCGCCGACCUGUCCUCCUCCAAGCUGAAGUGCGGCCAGCGGCCCGCGGGGCAGCCGGCCCGAGCCUUCGGGAUGUACAGCCACCCGGGCGUCCACCCGCAGAAUCCCUUGAGGGGUGGGGCCGGCCCCGCUGGGGGGUAUCCGCCCCUCGGGGAGCACGGCGGCCCCUUCGGUGGCGCGGAGCACUUGGUGAGCCACAGCGGCGGGCUUGGCCCCAGCGGAGCCGCCUUCCACGAACAGACCUACAAGGCCCAGCAGUACGGGAACUGCCUGACCAGGCAGCCCGGCGUCCCCAGCUCGCUGGAUGCGGCCUGCGGGGCCGGGAUUCAGGCGGCAAAGCUGAAAAGCGCCCCCGUGCAAGGGAGCGGGAGCCAGGCCGAUUUCGGCCUGCCCGGGGCGCCCAGUGAGCCAGCUGGCAGCACGGUGAGCGGGGUGCCCACCCAAGACCCAGUGGGACAGGGGUACCUGGCUCAUCAGCUUCUGGGCGACAGCGUGCACCACCAGGGGGCCGGCCGCCCCGGGCAGCACAUGCUAGGGCAGGGUAGUGCUACCUCACACAUCCACAACUACCAGGGCCUGGAGAGCGGCCCGCCAGGGCCUCCCGGCGUCGGCAGCCAGCCACCAGGCUUGGCCGCGGUCAGGGGCUACCAGCCGUGGGCCGGCUACGGGGGCGGCCGGCGCCAGGCUGGGCCGAGGGGCGGCCUGGCUCUGCAGCCGGGACAGCUCAGUGACACAAGUCAGACCUGCAGGGUGAACGGCAUCAAGAUGGAGAUGCCAGGGCAAGCCCAUCAGCUCUGUCCCAACGUGCAGAGUUACUCUGGUCAGUUCUAUGACCAAACCGUUGGCUUCAGUCAGCAAGACAUGAAAACUGGUUCCUUCUCCAUUUCGGAAGCCAACUGCCUGCUCCAGGGGGCCAGCGCCGAAAACUCGGAAUUACUUUCCCCAGGUGCUAACCAGGUGACCAGCACAGUUGACAGCCUCGACAGCCAUGACCUGGAAGGGGUGCAGAUUGACUUCGAUGCUAUCAUCGACGACGCGGACCACGCCAGCCUGAUGUCGGGAGCCCUGAGCCCGAGCAUCAUUCAGAACCUCUCCCAUAGCUCCUCCCGCCUCACGACGCCACGAGCGUCCCUCCCGCUGUCCGUGAGCACCACCAACAUGGCCAUCGGGGACAUGAGCUCGCUGCUGACUUCCCUCGCGGAGGAAAGCAAAUUCCUGGCAGUUAUGCAGUAGGUGGUAGGGAAAAUGGACUGCCAAGAGACGUGAACCUUUAGGCGUUUAAAAGAUGAAAUUGACCCGGGUUUUUGGUUUUUGGUUUUUUUUGUUAUUGUUUUUUGGUUUUUGGUUUUUGUUUUUAGUUCUGUAUGUAUGUUAGCAAUCUCAUCUCACCUGACUGGGAUGUGUUUCAAGUAUAUUCCUUUUAUGGAAAAGGACUCUGAAAAACCCUAAAGUAUUCUAGGGAGAAACUGUCUUCCAUUUCAGUUUUUGAAUCAGUAUUGUUAGACUCGAAAUGCCCUCUUUUUAAAAAAAAAACAAAAAAGUGUAAGCCCCCACCCCUUUUUUUUAGUAAACCGGUGUAAAUGUGUGACGUGCAUGCUCUUUCUUUUCGAAGAGAGGUCACAUGAAAGGAUUUGACAUGUUUCCCUGUUACUCAAAGGAAAUAGGAGUUGGUGUGCUUGUGACCGAGGGGUUACAUCUCCAGCUUUUCAAAGUUUCCUUUCCAUGCGCGCAACGUUUGUUUUUGUGUUUCGGGGUUUUUCGUUCUGUUUUGUUUGCUUUUUCAAUUCCCACGUUGGGCACAAGAAUCAGAUUACGGAUAGUGAGUUUGAGGGUCUUUUGUGGGUGCACUGUAGCAGAGAUGACAGAUUUUUGGCAUGCCCCCUCGCCCCCAGUUCAGUUCGGGGCAUACUUGAGACAGUCACACACAGGUGGACACUGAGGGCUCUUGCAGAUGAAAUGGUUUGCUCACAGUUGGGGUUGAAAUUUUUCCUCCCGUUCACAAAGGUGCUUUGGGUGGAUCCGUCCGUAUGGUCAGUCCUCAGUUACCCACUCUGCCUCCUCUCACACCUCCUGGACGUCAGUGCUGUUCCAGCUCCCGGGAGAGAGGGGAGGGGCACUGGGUGACACGUGGUUACUUUUCAUCCGUUCUGGCAAGAAGUUAGGCAGAUUGUAGAUCCCAGCUAUUCGGUAGAAUUAGUUUGGGGAAUAUUUGUGGGUUUGCUCUAUUUCUUACUUAGUUCCAUCUCUUUCCCCCUCCCAUUAUUACAGAUAACAGAAUUGAUUAUAGGUUCUGAGCAUAUAGGUAAUUAAAUCCCACAGCCGGCUACGUCAUUAAUAUCUAUUAAUUCCACUAUGGUGAAGGAAUAUUUCUAUUCUAAGUGCCCUACUGUAGGGGAUUUAUCAGUCUUAGCUGUGGAAGCAAAUAACUCACAAAGAUAUUUGGAAUAAAUUGUUUCAACAAUUUUAGUAUCAGCAUUAGGGGGGAAGCUGUGUAAAUACCUUUUUUUUUUAACACUUUAUCAUAUGAUGCAUCCUUUUAAGAAGUUAAAUGUUCUGUGCACUUUGUCCUUAAUGCGGACUUAAUCUGGACUUUUGUUUUGCAUUAAAACACUCCAAGAUUUAACAAGUGCAGCUACUCCCCGUGUGCAGUUGCUACACAUAAAAGACAUACUAUGUGUGCACAGAGUAUGUGGAUUAAACAGCCUUUUACUUUUAAAAAUAUGUCAACUAUUCAACUAAAACAUCGCCACCUCAGACUACCUGCUGUAUUCUGUCCUGUUGUCCCUGGAGUUGGAUUUGUCCAAAGCAAUUCGUGAGUCUAGGAUGUGACUUUUGUCUCUUGAUUCUUGCCAUUUAAAUCAGUCUGAGACAAAAAUCAAAUAAAAUAUUAGAUAGGAGAAAGGAUAUUAGGACCAGCCAUUUUUCUCAUGUUUAUGUUCUCUCGUUUGGACCAAGACUCUCAGUGUGGAGGUAAAAUCGCCCGUUGGGACUUUGUGGCUGAGACAGUUGGGUUUGCUUUCAACUAGAUGAAAGCAGAGGGAGGCUGAGGUUCUCCUUCCAUCCCCACCCCCACCCCCCAUGUAGCACUUUCUUUUAAAUCAAAGGAUGCAUCCGCUUUGGAACAGAGCCCCAAAUCAAAAGGCAAGUAGUGAUCGGAGCUGGUCGAGUUGAGUCUCUGCCACUUGUCAGUGGAAAAUCAAGGCUUUUUCUGUCUUCCUCAAACAGGUCAUGCCCAUCACAGAAUCAGUCAUCCAUUCCCUGAACUUCCUUUUUCCAUGAUCUCAAAAUGCUUUCCAGGUCCUGGUCUUACCUUGGCAUGCUCUUGCAACUUGGCCCAAUCUGUGUCCUCCUCCAUCUGAGUCCUUGCCCCAGUAGCAUUCCUGGAUGUGACCUGCAUUUCUCAAUGACCAGAAUUUCCCAUCUCACCUUUGCCCCCCACCCCGGAAAGAUGGACGGCUCCAGGGAUGAGCACCGUUGUCAUUUGGUGCCUCCCUUUGGUUUCUGGUGAUUCUCCAGGUCACCCCCUAUAUUUUUCUUUUCAUAAUUGUCUUCCUUGCUCCUGCCUUUAGGGGUGUAGGAGACACUCCUACUUCAGCUCAAUAUUUGGCUUCUCUCAAAGGGAAACCUCAAAAGGAUGGAGGAGAGGAUGGGAGGGAAGAAAAAAGUGUCCUUUCCAAGAGUCUGAUGACCAGUUGUGAUGUUCAGUAGAAGAAAGGUCUUUUGGGGCCACUGAGGAGUGUCCCGUGUGGACAGAGAUCUCUGUAGACUUGACAUCUCCCAGGAUGGGACCAGCCUCCAGCCUUCUCCCCAUCUCUCUAACCCUUGCGUUUAGGGAGAUGACACCCACUCACCAGUGUCCCUUUCUAGUUUUUGAUGCAGGCUCAUACACGGUACCCCUGUUUAACGUCUGUGUGAAACAUGUCUUUGUCAAUCCAUUGGUUUUUUUUUUUUCUAAAUAACUAACUAGACUGUCCCUGCUCCUCACACAUUCGCUCACCCUCUCCCUCUCGAAUUACAGAGUUUUGAUUCUUGCGAUGUAUGUGCCUUAUUUUAUGUUAAUCUUGUCAAAGCGAGGGACCAGUUGGUGUCGCCCGAUCAGGGCUGGGGGCCGUGCGUUCCACGGUCGAGAGCACAGGACGAUGGUAGCGGAGUCUGAGCUGUCUUGUCACCGGGCUUCCCGUGUUGUCUGAAACUGAUAAGAGGAUGUCCUCUUCUGACGAGUUACUGUUGUGUAUCCUGCAAACGUGUAAGAUAAAAUACGAGUUCAGUUUUUUCACCUUUUUUAGAUUUUUUAAAAAAUAAAAUGUGUAAUCCUUUUUUUAAGAGAAACACAUGUAAAUACAUUUAAGUAUUGUAGACAUAGUGUUUGGACGUGGCCGGCCCCGGGUCUUCCUCGGAUCAGCCCGCAGCCCAUGCGAUGCCCCCUCGCCCACCUCAAGCCCAGGGCCGCGACCCCGCCACCCAUGGACUCUACAUUUGCUUUCAGAACCACUUAGUCUUUUUUGUAACAAAGAGAACGAACGAUGUUUCUUACAAUGUCAAUAAAAAAAAAACCCUCUUUGUACUGAAA